AUGUCUUUGCCAAAAAAAGAUGAAUUAUCCAAAUAUUUUCCAUCAUCAUUUGGAAAAAAGCCCAAUUCAUCAUUAUCUAAUGAAAAACUUGAUGAUAGUGCCUCAGAGGAAGAAAUAGAAGAUCCCUUAAGAUCAAUGUUACCAACAGCAUUUGGUGUAAAAAAGAAAACAAAUAUUACUUCUGACGCCUUCUCUAAAACAAGAAGAAAAGAACAAGAGGAAAUUAAUAAAUCUAUAUCACCUCAAAAACAAAUAUCAAAAUCUAAACGUCCAAAAACCGAAGGCAUUGAAGUAUCAGGUGUUGAACGUGAAGAUACUGAAAGCGAGGAAGGAGAUGAUGAUGAGGGUGAAGAAGAAAGUGUAUCUGAUACUUUACCUAUUUCACACGAAAUCAAAUUAAAUGAUCACUAUAGAACUGUUUCGGCUAUAGCACUUGAUCCUUCAGGGGCUAGGCUUAUAACAGGUGGAUAUGAUUAUGAUGUAAAAUUUUGGGAUUUCGCUGGAAUGGAUUCUUCUUUACGUCCCUUUAGAACUAUAAGACCAUGUGGCGACCAUCAAAUUCACCAUUUGGAAUAUAGUUUAAGUGGAGAUCAAUUUUUAAUUAUAUCAGGAUCAGCACAAGCAAAAAUUUAUGAUCGUGAUGGAUUUGAAAUGGAGGAAUAUAUUAAGGGAGAUCCGUAUAUAAGAGACAUGCGGAGAACAAAUGGUCAUAUAGCUGCUUUGACUUCAGGUGGAUGGCAUCCAAAUGAUAAACAGACAUUCAUAACGGCAUCACAUGACAGUACGAUAAGGAUUUGGGAUGCAGAAUAUAAAAGAAAACAAAAAGAUGUACUUGUACACAAAUCAAAGGAGCGUGGUGGAAGGAGUGUUGUAACAGCAACAUGUUAUAGUCCAGAUGCAAAGUAUAUAGCCGGAGCCGCUCAAGAUGGGGGUUUGUUUUUGUGGGCUGCUAAGGGUCCAUAUGUUCGUCCUUCCCAUCUUAUCGAAAAAGCACAUCAACCAAACAGCGAGACAUCGUCUAUAUUGUGGUCUCGUGAUAAUUCAACUUUAAUAACUAGGGGUGGUGAUGAUUGUAUAAAAGUUUGGGAUGUACGAAACUUUAAAAAUCCAGUUUUGCAAGCUAAUCAACUUGCAACUUAUAAUGCAGAAACAAACGUAAUAUUCAGUCCUGAUGAAAGAAUGAUUAUCACAGGUACCGCGGUCAAGAAAGGAGAAGGGUAUGGAAAAUUAGUAAUUAUGGAUCGUGAAUCACUCGAGAUUUUGCGAACAACGAAUAUUACACAAUCUAGUGUUGUCAGAGUUUUAUGGCAUUCACGCAUUAAUCAGAUCAUUACCGGGAAUGCAGAUGGAUCAGCUCAUGUAUUUUAUGAUCCUAAUAUUAGUGUUCGUGGAGCAAAACUUUGCGUUGUCAAAGAAUCAAAGAAGAGAGCUGUAGACGAUUACGAAAUCAAUCGUCCUAUUAUUGCACCACACUCAUUGGCAAUAUUUAGAGAUGAUAGGCCAAAAUCGACAAAGAGAAAGAGAGAGAAAUUAAGAAAAGAUCCUGUUGCGUCACAUAGACCUGAUUUACCCGUUAGUGGUCCAGGAAAAGGUGGCAAAAUUGGUAGCAGUUUGACACAACAUAUUAUGAAAGAAUUAAUCAAGGAUACUACUAGAGAUGAGGAUCCAAGAGAAGCCUUAUUGAAAUAUGCGGCAAUAUCAGAAGAUGAUCCUCAGUGGAUUGGUAACGCUUAUAAGAAAACCCAGCCAAAACCUGUGUUAGCCGAAACUACUGGAGAGGAAGAAGAGGAAGAAGUUGUAAGAAGGCCUUAA